GUGGGGUCAGUGUCCAGCGUCAGACGUCGCUCAUCUUAUGCAGUAAUCGCACUAUCAGAUUCUCGUUGUCUAUGUAAUUCUUUGAUAACGACACGCCCAUUUAUGUACAUUAGAUUCGAAUAUGCGGCGAACACCUUUCUUCACUUAUCCGCUCUUCACAAUCCCACUCUAGUGUAGCGGAGGAUUAGUGUGAUUGAAUUCCCGAAUUAUCCUUGCCACCACCAACCUUUUGACUGUGCUCUUCCUCGUUCUGCUCACAGACUUGUCUUCUUUGCCCUGUAAAUGCCUUUCAAUUGGUGUGCACUAUCGCCAAGUUUACUCGCAAAAACCCUAACUCGAUCUACUACGUCUAACUUGACUCACUGUGUUCCCCUUCUCAACUCGUCAUAGCAAUGAGCCGAAUUAGGAGAAUCGAGAUCCUCGAACCUUACUACCCCUCCAUCUAUGUUAGCGAAGUCUCCAUUUUCACUCCCAAGAUACCAGCUUUUCCCUCAUUUGUAAUUGAAGAGGAACCCAAUGAUCACAGUGUUGCUCUUGAUCUUUUAAGCCCCAAGCCCAACCCCUUUGAGCUCUUCGACUCGGUGUCGAAUCUAAUCCAAAUUGAGAAAGCGCCGUCUUUUUGCUCCUACAAGAGGAUCCAGACACGAGUCGGGACCGAAAUGUGCUUGCAGACCCUAUGUGGUCGAGUCAGCAGUCUUGAGUCAAGGUUUGACAGCUUGAUCAACGCGAAGGUUUACGAGGGGGACCGGAAGUUCACAUGGACUGCGGAGGUCAAGCGACCAGUGGAGAGGAAGAACAAGUGGACUGCGGAGAUCAAAGAAGGAAGGAAAAAUAAAGAAGAGAAGAAGGCGGGAGUUGAGAAGAACUACAAAUGGAUCGCUGAGAUGAAGGGAAAAGAAGAGGAGCAUCCGAUCUCGCGGAAGUACACAUUCGAAGUGUCCAGUGGCGAUGCGGGUGAGUGUAGCGGAUCAGGAAAGAAAGAGAAAAAGGAUAAGAAGGAGAAGAAAGUAAAGAAGGGAGAGAAUGGAGUGCGUCUCGUGGAGAUUGAAGAACCCCAUGAUCAUGGGGUUUUAGCUCUUAGACAGGCUUUUGCAAAGAGAGCUGGAGCUUCCAAAAUUAGCAAAGGAAAGCAGAAGGAAUUGUCUCCUCAAGAUGCUGCAUUGAUGAUCCAGCUGACUUUCAGAGCCUAUCUGAUACGUAGAUCAAAGGCUCUUCGUGCUCUUAGAGAGCUGGCAAUUGCCAAAGCGAAGUUGAAGGAAAUCAGAGCGUUGUUCAACAAUUUCUCCUACCGUAGACAAGUAGCCCGUGAUGCAGAGGAGCGCCAGAGGUUCUCUGAAAAAAUUAUUGUGCUCCUCCUUACUGUUGUUGCCAUUGAGGGACCUGAUCUAAUGGUGCGCGCUGCAAAAAAGUCCAUGGUGGAUGAGCUAGAAGCAAUGCUUGACGUGGUGGACACUCAGCCUCCGGGGAAAUUACUUUCCAUGAAAAGACGGACAUUUGAUAUGCCUGAUGGUGUUAUCAGGAAAGAAACAGCUUGAUAAUUAAGUGAAUCGCACUGGCACUUUUGAGGCAUGCUUGUGAUGACAUGGGUUUGUUGGGAUCAUCCCGUGGCUUUACUUGGUGUUCUGACUUCUUUUGGUGUUGUAAAAUAUGGAGCUGACUAGUAUGGUUCAGUUGUUGAUUUCUGUUGGGCUGCAGUUGGCUGGACAAAUUCGUAGUUCUUUCUAAAAGUUCAAGUGAUGGAGUGUUUGUUUCCUAUAUUUUUACGUAAUAUUAUCAGAAUUCGUGGAUUGACGGAUAAA